GCAGCGACUCCACGCCCAGUAAAUACCACCAACGCUGCACGAAAAUGAGGGAUCCCAUCGUGUGAUGAUGUCUUUCCCGACGGCCUCCUAUGACCAGCUGGUGCGUCAGGUGGAGGAUCUCCGUCAGGAGAACUCUCACCUGCGACGUGAGCUUAAGGACAACUCACAUCACCUGUCCAAGCUGGAGAAUGAAACCUCAGACAUGAAGGAUGUUCUAAGGCAGCUGCAGAGUAAAUUGGAGCAGGAGGCAGGAACUCUCGCCUCAUCGGGCAGAAGUGAUGUGCUGGACCAGCUCAAAGAGCUGCAUAUGGACUUGACCAACUACUAUGAGCUCAAGUACCAGCCUCACAACCUGCGUGAGUUUCCAGAGAUGAUGGCGGGUCAGGUAGGGGAAGGGGAGGAGAGACUCAGCCUAGGCAGAUCCCGGAGCCCCAUCUGUCCGUCGUCCCGCCAGUCCUCAUCUGCAUCUGGAGAGGGUACGGCCAUACACCUCACGCUUCCUUAUCAGGGACCAGAAGGCCGUGUCACUGCCCAGCAUUUGGAGGAACUGUGUAAAGAAAGGUCCAUGUUGCUAAGUGAAACAGAAAAAGAAGAGAAUGAACAGCGGUGGUAUUACUCACAGCUCCAGAGUUUGUCUCAGAAACUGGCUGAACUGCCCCGGCUUGAUACGUUUUCCAUGCAGGUGGAUUUUAUUCGUCAGCAGCUGGAGUUUGAAGCCCAGCAACUGCGUUCUGUUAUGGAGGAACGUUUCGGCACCAGCGAUGAGAUGGUUCAGAGAACACAAAUCCGUGUUGCUCGGUUGGAGCAGCUGGAGAAAGAAAUGCAGGAGGUCCAAAGCUCACGCGGUCCACAGGAGAAGAGCGCUAUAACAGAGACUCAGAGCACAGAGUGCCUCUCAAAAGCUUCUGUUCCUGACAUGGAUACUGGAAAUGCUGGUGCUUUAGAGGCCCCUGGAGAAGCAGGGAGCAAAGUAGAGAUGGUGUUUUGGCUGUUGUCUAUGCUGGCCUCCAGAGAUCGAGAGGAGAUGUCCCGCACACUGCUGGCAAUGUCAAGCUCACAGGAGAGCUGCAUCGCCAUGCGCAAGUCUGGCUGCGUCCCACUGCUUGUGCAAAUACUACACGAGGGGGGCACCGGCGAGGUGGCCGGCGGCGGCGGGUACAGUCGAGAAGCCCGUUCUAGAGCCAGCGCUGCCCUGCACAACAUUGUGUAUUCACAGCCAGAUGAAGGUCAGGCUCGCCGUGAGAUGAGGGUCCUGCACGUGCUGGAGCAGAUCCAAUCACACUGCGAGAAUGGAUGGGACUGGAUUGAGAAUAAUUUGGGAACCCCCUCACCUGGUGGUACCAAUACAACAGUAUGUGAUCUUUUCACAGAAAUCCCUGAGCCAGUGGAUCCUCAGAUUUGCCAGGCCUUGUGUGUAAUAAUGAAGUUAUCUUUUGAGGAGGAAUACCGCAGGGCAAUGAAUGAACUAGGGGGCCUGCAAGCCAUUGCAGAACUAAUGCAGCUGGACCAGGAAUUAUAUGGUAUGCAGAAUGAACCGAUCAAUAUGGCCCUGCGGCGGUACGCUGGAAUGGCCCUAACUAACCUUACAUAUGGUGACGUUGUAAAUAAGGCUACACUUUGCUCAAAGAAAACCUGCCUUCAAGCCAUAGUUGCACAACUUGCAUCUGACAAUGAGGAGUUGCAGCAGGUGGUAUCAAGUAUCUUGAGAAACUUGUCUUGGCGUGCUGAUAUCAACAGCAAGAGAGCUCUACGGGACGUUGGCAGUGUUACAGGACUUAUGACCUGUGCACUCCAGGCUACAAAGGAAUCCACCUUAAAGAGUGUCCUGAGUGCAUUGUGGAAUCUGUCCGCACACAGCACAGAGAAUAAGGUGGCAAUUUGCUCUGUUGAUGGUGCUCUCGGCUUUUUGGUUAGCACGUUGACUUAUCGAUGUCAAACCAAUUCACUGGCCAUUAUUGAGAGCGGUGGAGGUAUCCUACGUAACGUGUCCAGCCUUAUCGCUACCCGAGAUGAUUACAGGCAAAUCCUCAGGGAUCAUAACUGUCUUCAGACUCUGCUACAGCACUUGCGAUCCCACAGCCUGACCAUUGUAAGCAAUGCAUGUGGAACCCUCUGGAACCUAUCAGCACGAAAUCCAAAAGACCAGGAAUUACUGUGGGACCUUGGAGCUGUGAGCAUGCUGCGCAAUCUUAUCCACUCAAAGCACAAAAUGAUAGCCAUGGGAAGUGCUGCAGCUCUGCGAAACCUCCUCACAAAUCGUCCCUUCAAAUAUAAGGAUACUGCUGUUAUAUCCCCAGGAUCCUGUAUGCCGUCUCUCUACAUGAGAAAGCAGAAAGCACUGGAGGCAGAAUUAGAUGCCAAGCACCUGGCAGAGACAUUCGAUUCAAUAGAGAAACAAAAUUUCAAACAUCAGAGUAUAAACAAACCACUGCGGCAUAUUGAGAGCCUAGCGAAGGAUUAUGCGUCAGAUUCUGGUUGUUUUGAUGACGAUGAGGCACCUAAUGUGACAAGCAGCCUGGACACGGGGACCUUCUCCAUGCUUUCAAUAUUCUUGAACAAUUCUGACUUUCUUCAGACUCAGCCUCGAAAGCGAGAGGGGGAGCCUGAACAAGACAUUGAGCCCCUUCAAACUGACAAUAAAAGGUCACAAUCAACUGAUGAUGAAGUGACGGUUGCAGCUGAGAAAUUAGCCAAGAAGAUCACAAACACUGUGGCUAAAAUUGACAAGCUGGUAGAAGAUAUAACCAUGCAUACAUCUUCAGAAGACAGUUUCAGUCUUAGUUCAGAAGAUCAUUUUUUGGAUUGGAAUUAUGGGCCGGAUGAACUUCAUGAGGCAAGAGCCAUUUCGUGCUCCCCUUGCCAUUUCUCUGAUACCACUGCUUUUUCACCUAAGGAGCGUCUUAGUAGAGCACAGGCCUUCUUGCGUCUCAAAACGGCCAACUCAAGUUUAUCCAAUGACAGCCUAAACAGUGGUAGCAUCAGUGAUGGCUAUUGUGGCAGUCAGGACCAGACUCAUACACCUGCGAGGGCGACCGAACAAAGACGUCCAAAUAAACUUGACCUGAAGGUGGCUCACGAGGAACCAAUGAACAGUGGCAUGAAUCAUUUGUCAAGAAUCAUUUGUCAGAAUGAGAUCCCUGAGAGAGAUUUUGAGACAAACAAAGAAUUAGGCGAAUUAGGUUCCACAGAUACGGAAAAGAGUCAAGAACCUAUAGCAACACCAGCAACCGUAUCAACCAAGCUGUCCUUUGAUACCAGUAUACCAACUGUCAAGCUCUCUCCCUCCUACCAACAUGUUCCACUGAUCCAGAGUGUUGCUAAGUUUGGUGUUGUAAAGACUUCAAUUAACGUACAGGCAGCACAAGCAAUGCGCAGGCAAGCUUGGGUUCCAACAGUGAUGACCGGUGGAAGUAUUAGCAAAUUGUCCCCAAUAUGUGCUGCAAGAAGCCCUACAAUAGGACAGCUGGAGACACCUCAGAAGUAUUCUGUAGAGAACACUCCAAUUUGCUUCUCACGCUGUAGCUCUCUGUCAUCUUUGUCUUCUGGGGAUGGAGCCCUUGAUGGGCAGAGUCAUACUGACAACGAGCUAGAGAGUGACUCCUCUCUAGAAAUCAUAGAGGUGGAAGAUGUGAAUGAUGAAAGAAAAUACGAAGAGGAUGAGACACUUGAUGACUUGAGUGACAGCCAGUUGUUAGUUACUGAUCAGAAAACAUGUCCAACCAAUAACAGCAGCUCUGAUCCAGUUGAGAUCUCUUGUACAAUUAAAAAUGAAAAGAGGUUCUUUAGAGGUGUAUCUCCGAUAAUUCUUGAGGACAGGACACCAUCCAGCUCUUCAGAUAACUACAUUCAUGAUACGCCACUUGUAAUGAGCCGAUGUAGUUCUGUGAGCUCACUUGGCAGCUUUGAAUCCCCCUCAAUAGCCAGUUCUAUUCAGAGUGAUCCAUGCAGUGAAAUGAUUAGUGGUACUGUUAGCCCCAGUGACCUACCAGAUAGCCCUGGUCAAACAAUGCCACCAAGUCGCAGCAAAACUCCAUGUUGCGCAGAAUCAGGUGGGCCAGAGACACAGACACUAGGUGUAGGAAGCCAAUGGGAAAACAGCUUACGCAAGUUUAUGGAAAUCGCUGACUUUAAGGAAAGGUUUAACCUACCACCAGAUUUGGACACAAUGAUUUAUUUCACUGUGGAAAAACCAAUUGAGAAUUUCUCAUGUGCCUCAAGUCUUAGUGCUCUGCCUCUGCAUGAGCACUAUGUCCAGAAAGACGUGGAGCUCAAGCUUACUCCUUUGCUAAACCAACAAGACAACGAUCCAGAGGAUUCUGGUAAGGAGGAGGAUAUGGAUGACCAAUACAGUGAAUGCAACUCAGACGAUGACAUUGAAAUCCUCAAAGAGUGCAUCAAUUCUGCCAUGCCUUCCAGGUUUAAGAAGGUAAGACCAACUAUGAUGCCCACAUUGUCAAACCAAGUUCUCAACAUGGAGGGUCGAAAAUCUGUGCCACUACCAGUUUAUAUGGUGCUGCAGAAUAGAAACAGCCAAAUGUGUCCUGGACAAAAAUUGGGAAUGUAUGCAAACGAAUUCUAUCAUGAUGAUUCCUCCUACACUGAUUCUGCUGAAGGAACCCAAAUAAAUUUUUCAAGCACCACUUCUUUAAGUGACGAAACCCUACAGUAUCCGGUCAGAACUAAAGGAACAAAGGAGUGGAGGUCAAGAAGCAAAGAGACACAGGAGCUUGUUGAUAUAGAAACCAAAAGAAUCGAAGAGUUACGCAUGUUCUCUCGCUUUCACAAACCAACUAAAUUAGCAUGUCAGUCUCAAAUAGUGCCAAACCAAUUAAACAAAACAAUCAGACAUAUGGUUCCCACUCAAAGAUUGCUUACACAAAGUAAAGAGAUGGCAGCAAAACUGACCCAACAAAGAAUUCAAAGUCAGUCACCAGUUCGACAAGGGCAAAAUCUGUCGCAAAGCAUGCCACAGUUAGAUGUUCCCUUAAGGAAACAAGGCACUGAUGUGUACCAAAAUAAGAAAUCCUGCUCUCUGAGGAAUCCCCAGGACAACACUUUAGCGUUUCAGUCUAGGCAUCACCCAGCAUCUUCAGAAAUGGCCAUUUACAACAAUAAAAUGGAUAGACAGAACGGACUGAUGAAUAGAACUGGACGAAAACUACAGCGUGAAUCAGGCCGGACUAACAUGAUACACAAUGCAAAUAUUCAAGAUCAAGCCAACAGUUACCAGUCCCGCCAAAAAGGUUUUCAGAGGAUUAAGCAAAAUCUGGUUUUAGAAGACGCACCCCCAUGUUACUCUUUAAGUUCCUCUCUAAGCUCUUUGAGUGAUGCAGACUUUGAGGAACAUCAUGAAAAUAAGCAGCAUACAUGGGUGAGGAAUAGAAAUAAUACAACAUGCAAACCUGUUCAGUACCCUUUGAAAUCUCAGCAAAACAAGUUUGAAGAGAACAGUUCACCAAGCUCAGUCAGCAUUGACUCAGAGGAUGAUCUUUUGCUCAAAUGCAUAACAUCUGCGAUGCCUCAGCAUAAGAAAAGACAAGCUGCCAGAAAAAAGAAGGCUGAGAAGAAGCACAAACAGAAAACUGCCCCUCAGAAGGCAACAGAGCAAAUAUGCCCAGAAGAUGACUUUGACAGUGAUGAUAUGGAAUCAGACAAAGACUCUGACCUUAACAGUGUUGAAUGGAGAGCAAUUCAAGAAGGAGCAAAUACAAUCAUUACAAAGUUGCAAGCUUCAAAGUCCCAGGAACCAUCAUCAGAGUCUGAAUCAGUUAUGUCCUUUAUCUCCGCUUCGAGCUUUACUCCUAAAGAGAAGAAGGUUUUUAAAGAUGAUAAAAAGGCUAACAAGCCACUUGAUUUUGCCCCUCGAAAACCAGUUCCAAACUUACCCAUGGUCUUCAGGGGUAGAACAGUGAUAUACACACCUAAGAAGGAGAUGACCCUCAAUCAAAGACCAGCACCAACACCCAAAAAAGUGACACAGAAAUCAGACGCCCCAAAAAAUCCAAAUCUAGCUCAACACAGAUCUAGAAGCCUUCACAGACUGAGCCAUCCACUUGACUCGACACAGCUGUCAUUGCCCAAGAGAAGUUCAACACCUCCUGCCAGGAUACCAAAGAGUUCAUCAUCUGGAUCAUCUCAGAGUUCAACUCCUUCCAGGUGUCCUCAGAAAAAAGGAACUUCUCCAACACAACCGAUUAAACAACAUCAGGAAAACUUGACAUCUGCACCCUGCAGUCCACCAGAGAAAAGGGAAAGCAUUCCAAACACCAAUCAAGCCAGAUCUCCCAUAGACAAGAAAACUCAGAAGUCCCCUGUCAGAAUACCAUUCAUGCAGAAUCAAGCAAAGCAAACAAGAAACAUUUCACCUUUAGUAACCAACCAGCCCUCUGGCAUCAGCAGACAAAACACCCAGAUGUCAGGGAAAAGAAUCCUACCAGCACACCGAAUGGAUUUGGUUUGCAUGGCGUCCAGUCAUUCAAGCAGUGGAGGAUCAGACCGGAAUAGCUAUCUCAGACAACUGACGUUCAUCAAGGAAUCGUCAAAAGUCUCAAGACACAAUGCUUCUUGUUCACGCUCUGUUCCUACAUCGCAGCAUGCCUCACCUCGAAGAGCAGGUCCAGGGGCUCCAGCGGUCUUCCUAUGCUCCUCUCGUUGUCAAGAGCUGAAGGAAGAAGUUCAGGGUCCAAGAAGAAUGCUUGUGACUCAAGUACAAAGACCAAUACAGGAACAAGGGGUUUUCAGACAAGGCACGGCUCUGUCAAGAGCUACCUCCAUUGACAGAAAUGUCACCGUGAAACGUCCAGCUAGACGAACAAGCUCAGAAAGUCCUUGCCGGGCACAGCAAAGGAAUACACCUGGGACAAAACAAAUAGCGAAGAGGGAUGAUACCUUCAAGAGAUACUCUUCUUCACCCAGUAUAAAUAUCUUAAGUCGAGUCACCAGUUGUUCUUCUCUACGUUCCUCUUCUUCUGACUCAAGUGGACGAGCUAAGAGUGAAAGGAACAUAAGUCAGAAGCAGCAAAAAGUUGGAUUGCGAAACACAGAUAGAGCUGCAUCACGAAGUACUGACAAAGUGACCUGGAGAAGGAUUCGGGAUGAGGAUGUUUCCAAUAUAUUAAAGAGCACUCUACCGUCCACUGCGUUGCCUCUGUUGCCUUCACCUGAGGGUGCCAAACAGAUGCCACCACCCCUACCAGGAAAGCUUCCAACAAUUACUCUGGCAUCACGGAAAACAAGCGACGCAAUUGUUCAAACCGAGGACUUCUCAGCCAACAAAAAAAACUCAAGUACCUCUCCCACAAUUGAAAAUGGCCUUUGCAUUACAGAGGUCACAAAGAUGUCCAUCCCCAGAAAAAUAAGCACGGCCUUUGGGAAUAACCUACAAGAUGUGGAUUCGGAUGGAUCCCUCAAGAACUACAGCACAGCAUCAACAUCUACUUAUCAGUCAGUGGAAAGUACCCAUAGUGGUGGGGUUGGCCAUUUCCGUCAGAGCUCUCCUAGUAAAGCUGUCAGGGUUACUCCCUUCAACUACAUCCCGAGUCCUAUGGUCUCCUGCUCCCCACAGACACAAGGUCAAGCACCACCAAUGCCUGUGAAGUCAAGUGAGAAACAUGAAGCUUAAACCUGACAUGUCCACAUUUCCGGCCUCGUGUGUAUUUGGCCACUGCUGGGUAAAGACAAUGGUGGUAAUAGACGUUAUUCUCUUUACCUCAGUUCUGUGCUUGCCAAUGUAGUUGAAGUUUUACCUAUUUGAGAAAACACUCACAGUUACCCAUGCACUAUUGGAAGUGACUAGAACACGGACCUAAUUACACCACAGGCAAUGUACAAUUUUUUUAUAUUUUUGUACAGCUGUAUUAACCAUUGCUUAUGCCAUUUAAAUGAUUCAUAACGAAAGUUUUCUGUUGGCACCCUACAUUUAAGACAAUAUGCAAGACAUUCUCUGGACAGAUGACCAUGUUCCACCUUCAAACCGGAAAAGACUGUGGUACUCUCACAAGAGAACCAUGUAUGCACAUGCCUUUUUGCCACACUGACAGGUUUUAACAGCCUAUUGCCUUCACUUAUUAUUAAUGCAGGUAAAUAUAGUUACAGUAUGUCAAAUCUGCACAAAAUGUCUAUAUAAUCAUUCUGGUUAUUUAGUAAAACUGUUGUAAAUAUUUACCAAUUUAAAACUGUAGGCUAAUGCUUCCCAGAAGGCAAAAUAUAAUCCUGUCAUUGCUUAAAAUAGCAUGCUAAAUACUCACCCACUGUACACGUUUGAUGUGAACUUGACAGUUUUUUUUGUUGAAAAUGGCAGUAUGAAGACAACCAUGCAUCUUUUUCCGACACCUUCGCAUUUUUCAAUUUAAAACCAUUGUAAUUGUUCAGUGUUCAGCAAAUGUAUGUAAAACAAUUAAGUGGUUGUACAUAUUUCUGCUUACCGGAUGCUUUCAUAAUAUUAUGACGGUGUAAACUCAUUUUUUGAUUUAAGUAUUUCAAAGUGAGUAGUAGCUUCAUGGAUUGAGACAAAGACUUGCCAUUUAAGAUAGACUGAAUUUUUGCUGUAGAAUGUUCAAAAUGGCUUCCGUUCAACCAAAGCCCAUUGCCAAACCCACCAGCUACACAAACAAAUAUUGUAGGUUUGAUUAUAGCUCAACCCUUAAAUGUUUGAAUUAUUUGGUGAGGUGCAGUAUUUACAUUGAUUUCGUUUAAUCUGUAAUAUAGCAUCUUAAUCUCUCUUUAGAUGCAUUCUGUCUUAAAAUCACAUCACAGGUGCACCAUCAAUCUUUGAAAAUUCUGCUUAUGAUAAACAGAUCUACAUUUCAGAUGUGAUGUGCUUGACAAUACCAACUGUUGUUCACUGAUUAAAGACAUCUAGUUACACAAUUUAGAAACUGGGUUUGGCCAAAUUACAGAGGUCCAUGUAAUGCUUUUAUUUUACAGUGUUUGUAGGGGUAAAGCAAUAUGAUGCAAUGACAAUUUGUCCUGAAAUCAAACUAUAACAGUCCUGUAUCUGGAGAAUAAAUUUUGAUGUAAUUGAUAACCCUAAUGUUACCUUUAAGAAAUAAAUGGUACAGUUCACCCAAAAAUGACAAUUCAUACAAUUUACUAGCCCUCAUUCCAUCCCAUGGGUUCCUUUCUUCAGUAGAAAACUUUACAUUAAAAUGGUAUUUUAUCAAAUGGUAAAGCUCCAAAAACCACACACCCCAUAAUAAAGGUGAUGCAGAAGGUUCUAGCAUGUUAGUAAAUGUCUUUUGAAGUUAAUAUGUUUGUGAGACAACAAAAAACCAAGCUAAACUUAAACAUGGCAGCAUUCAAAUAUGGUCAUUUCAAGUAUCAUUGGUUCAUUGGUUCAUCAUUGUCUCAUGAGUAGCUGUUGUACAAUAUUUUAAAUUCUGAGGUAAAUUAAGAAUCUUCAUUUUUGGGUGAACCGUUUCUUUACUUUUCAAAGCCUGAUUGACGUUCAAAGUUUUGUCUCAAAGAAUAUGGUGUAAACUAACAAUGAAACAGUGACCAAGGGGAUAGAGGAGUCUUUGAAUAAACAUUCUCAUAAAGUC